AAAAACUAAAAAAAGAAAGAAAGAUAUUCACUUUUGCACAGCCUCUAUCUCUCCAUCAAUGGUGUUUUGGGGCUUACUCAAACCCAUUAUACCCAUCCAAAGAUUCUUUCUUUUUCUUCUCUUUCUCCAUCUCUUUCACCUCCCUUCUAUCUCCCUUCGCUUUCCUUUCCCUUCUCUGACGGAGAAACGAAAGGAAAAGUAGAAGAAAUUACAAUCCUUUUGAUCCUCUCCCAAACAACUUUUUUUUUUUUUUGGUUCUUUGAGGGAAAAAAGGAAAACCCAGAAAUGUUUACAUGAGAUUGGAUCCAACUUUGUUAUAAAAAUCUGUCCUUCAUAUAUAUAUAUAUAUUUAUCGAAAACUUUUAAUUUGUUUCCCUUUAUAUUCCAACGACGGCAAAAAUUCAUGGGAAACAUCGGAAGCAGCGGAGUCAAUGGCCGGCGAAGGCAUGGAAGCCUGCGAAGCCACCCCCCGCCACCUCAACCGCCACCUUCAGCACAGCCGCAACCUGAAAUCCCUGCCAACCAUUACGUCUUUGCCGCCGCUACGCCUUACCCGACCCAAUACCCGAACACGAACCCGCCCCAAUAUUACCAGUAUCCAGGCUACUACCCGCCUCAGCCUCCGGUUCCAUUGCCGCUUCCCCCACCGUACGAUCAUCAUCAUCAUCGAGGUGGGCCCCACAUAGAGCCUGCCAAUUGGAGUAGGUAUGCUUAUGGACCAAUGAUGCCACCGCCCCCGGUGCCGUAUAUAGAGCAUCAAAAGGCGGUUACGAUAAGGAAUGACGUUAACUUGAAGAAGGAAACUUUGAAACUGGAAGCUGAUGAGGAGAACCCUGGCAAGUUUUUGGUUACUUUCACGUUUGAUGCUACUGUUGCUGGAAGGAUGACUGUUAUUUUCUUCGCGAAAGAAGGUGAAGAGUGCAAUCUGACAGCAAUGAAGGAAAAUAUUCUACCCCCAGUAACUGUGCCUUUUGAACAAGGUCUAGGACAGAAGUUCAGACAGCCCUCUGGAACAGGGAUUGAUUUCUCUAUGUUUGAGGAGUCAGAAUUACUGAAAGUAGAUGAGGUGGACAUCUAUCAUCUGGCAGUGAAAGCAGAGGCAUUGCCUGUCAACCAGAAUGAGGCUGAUGGAAACCAAGUGUCAGGAGGCAUGAAUUCUCAGAUAACUCAGGCAGUGUUUGAGAAGAAGGGUGAAUACCAGGUGAGAGUAGUGAAACAGAUUCUGUGGGUAAAUGGGAUGAGGUAUGAGCUGCAAGAAAUAUAUGGAAUUGGAAAUUCAGUUGAUAAUGAUGUUGAUGCAAAUGAUCCUGGAAAAGAAUGCGUUAUUUGCCUUUCAGAGCCUCGGGACACAACUGUUCUUCCCUGCAGACACAUGUGCAUGUGCAGCUCCUGUGCAAAGGUUUUGAGAUGCCAGACUAAUCGGUGCCCAAUUUGUAGACAACCAGUUGAAAGGCUUUUGGAGAUAAAGGUCAACAAUGGCACUGAUAAUGAUGAAUGAGAUGAGAACAUGUUUCUUUAACUAUCUUCCUGCAUGGUAGCUUGUCGUUAUCUUUCUCUGUUUUCCCCUCUUUUCUCUUAUCAGUUUUCAUCUGCCGUUUUUGUCAUCCUCUCUUUUGUUUUACAUGUCAUGCCUUUGGAAUAAUCAAACAGGAAGUUAUAAUCCAUUAUGUUACAUGGUAUGAAUGAAUUGCUGGAAUUUCACACAAAAUAUAUAUUAUUAUUUGCCAAAUAGAUGCCCUCUCGUUUGCUGGAACAUCAAAAUUUAUUAAUGUUUUACUUUAUUAACUCGUUUGGCUGCUAAAGCAAUUUACUUCGUUCAUUAUACGAUACAUGCUCGGCUGUAUAAUCAGCGGUCUCAUUAUUUUGGAAAUUGGAACCUGCCAAUUGUCAUCCAGCGUUGAAUUUCAUGACUCUGGUCUAGAUGCACAUAGCAGAAGCUAAAUUUAUUUGCAGGAGCUGCUAAUUUUCUAUGACUGCAGUCGUCAGGUUGAAAAUUUUUCGUGUUGCACCCGAUGAGUCUGCAAGAAACAGCCUAUCAGGCAUGUAACUUGCCUAAUUUUUUUGGAAUGAUCAGUUAAAAACAGAUGGAAAACAAGGACUUCACGCGUUUAAAAAAUAAAUAAAUAAAUAGGGGUGUCCUUGGCCUGUUUGUUUUAUUGGGUUGCACCUGGUUGACUUGCACA